AUGCCGUUUGUGCAAGAAUUCGAAGUAAAACGGCAGCGUCGUCAGCAGCAAGAGCAACCGGUGCUAGAAGAGCGAUCAAUGAAGCAAGAGCAACCGGUGCUAGAAGAGCAACAACCGGAGACGAGUAAUGAUUCGGCAGUGGUAGACGAUAUAUUAGAUGUUGACCUCAGCGGUUUUAAAUG